CAAUGAUUGUUUUCAAACGCCACACCUCUCUGUUUACAUGUCAAAUGUGUCAUACCUUCAAUUAACAACAUAGUAAAGGCCUGCACCAUGAGCUACGGUACAAAAUCGCCGACCGGGCCCCCGUCCGUUUAUUCGCACGUAACGACCAGAAGCAGUGCUAACUUGAGGAGCAGUAGGAGUGUCAAGUCUUUGAAAGUGCCUUGGUACCAAAAGCCUAUACUUACGCAGAGUUUGUUUUUGGAUAUACAACGUUCGUCGUUGCUCAUAGCGAUAUUUUCUUUGUUGCUGUCGAUAUUUACUAUUAUAACGGCAUGUUUUGAUAUUUAUUGUUACUCGAUGGCGGCCCCAGGGUCGGCCCACUACGGCUACUUUAUUAUAUCAUAUGAGUUUGUGUACGUUGGCUCGAAACAUGUACGGAACGCCUUGAUUAUGUUCGCCGCCUUUUCCAUACUGUUUGCCAUUGCUGUGUUUGCCACAAGUAUCAAGUUAAUUGUGGCCUUAACGAAGGAGUACGAAAAGAAAAUGUUACCGUGGCUGUACGUCUUCGGCCCGUUCACGAUAUUCCGCCUGCUGGCCUUCCUGUUCUUCUCCAUCGUCAAUGACAUGAUCUUCACAUACAACAUAUUCAUGUGCCUUCUUUGGAUAAUAUUCAUCAUAAUCAGUGCCUAUGGCUGGAUCUUGGUCUACUCACUAUACAUCGAACUCUCUGACUUAACCAAACUGGAAGACUUGGCUCACCUAAGGAUGGGCACCAUGCAGUCGCUGAAUGCGUCGACAGUCCCGUCUCUAGCGGGCUCCAGACCUACGACGCCCCACAGCACCGUGUCGACGAUGCCGGCGUAGGACCGUCGCAUUCUGAAUCGUUCAUGACAGAUCGUACCACUGUUUCCACAAUUUCAUAAUGCUUGGUUAAGUCUAGAAAUGUUGAAUUAGGUGUUUGGAUGUUGCGGAUUUUGUCGGUUUGCGAUUAAUUGUUGAUUAACCAAAAGUGUUUCUUGUAUAGUAUUUAGGUUUUAUUGUGUAUAGGUAUUUAUGUCACAAGUGACCUUAACAUUCCCAUUUGUACUGUUAUAAAUGAACAAUUUUAUAUUAUUGUUGGCCAAUCACACUAAUUUGCCACAGUGAUUUAUCAAAUCCGUCCAAAAUGUGCUUUGAAUCUCUUUUGACGUAAUCUCUAUUGUUUAUUAGAUAAGAUUUUUAUAUUUUGCUUACAUAUUUUAUAAAUAUUAUGUAAUCCGUCCAGUUUACAUUUUUAUACUCUUAAAUAAAAGUGUUUUAUAUAUUA